AUGCAGCCACUUAGGCAGUUUGGAAUGAUGGUGAGCCCGAAGGAAACAGGCGAUUUAACGAACAUGGAAGAUGAAUCGCUGUCCCCAGGAUUUGAAACUCAUGUCAAGAGACGUAAUAGAAUCUCUUUUGUAUGCCAGGCCUGUAGAAGAUCAAAAACUAAGUGUGAUAGAGAGAAACCAAGAUGUGGUAGGUGCCAGCAGCAUGGGUUGCAGUGCAUAUACGAUGUGGAGAAGCAAGCGGCACCUAAGAAUCCUAGUAAAGACGCUACGAUCGCUCGAUUACAGAAAGACGUGGCCUAUUGGAGGGAGAAGGCUCUAAGAGAGGAUGGAGAACAAUCUGAAUUCGGUCAUCUGAACAAACGGGCGCAGGAUGGAGAUUACAUUCCGUUCGAGGGUCAUGAUACCAAGAAGUCAAGAAGAGGCAUAGGAUUUGAUUCCAAUGAUAUUGAGAUUAAUCUCUACAGAACCCAUCCAAGUAUGAUUAUGAAUAGAGUGAUGAAACGUGAAGUGAAGCCGCUAUCGGAGAACUACGCUGUCACGCAGGAUACGUUCUUAUCUGGGCUCAUCGCAGCAGUUUUUUUAAAUCCAUCCAAAAAUACGAUGAUACCUGCAUUGUCCGCCAACGCAAGUGUUUCUAGGGCACAACCGUCUGUUAGAAACAAUGUUUUCCAGUUGAAAGAAAUUCUCAUCAGUCAGUGCCACAACGAGUCGCAAAAGGAAAGAAUUAAUGAUUUCACAGAUAGAUUGUUACAGAAUACUAGUAAUAGCGGGAAACUGCGAAUAGGAAUGUUGCCUAUCGCUAUCCGCAGUGCCUUUGAUCGCAAUUAUUUAGAGGAUUUCUGUCCCACUGAUGGAGAAUAUUCCGAUUUACUCAAAUCCUUUAUCAGUGAAAUUGAAGAAAUACUGCCGCCUAUGGAAAUUCUGAAUAAAUAUAAGGCACAUUUCUAUGAGAAUGUCUAUUUAAACUUGGCUUUCCUCAAUAGAAAACUUUUCGAGGAGACUUUGUCUUCGGUAUUGUUUCCAGAUGAACUAGACCCAUCCAAGGUCAGAAUCAAAUUGGGUAAAUCAAGACUGAGGGGCAAGAUGGAGAAUUUAUCCAUAUUAAUGGUUAUCUUGAAACUUUCCUUUAUUUCUCUUUUAUUUAUCGAUGAAGGAUCUGAAGAGCACAGUGCAUACAUCAACAGAGAAGUUCUCAAGAGAUACCCUAUUGGAAAUGAAGCUAUUCUGUUGGCUGAAAGAGUUUUAUCAGCAGAGAACCUGUUUGCUUGCGCAAAUGAGAAUAUCAUAACCUGCUUGCUUUACAUAUGGUCAUUCUUCGUUUACUCGCCGGAAGAAGGUGAUUUCUUCCUUGAGCAUCCAACAGACGUACUGACAGGCGUUAUAGUGAUGCUUGCCACUUCAAUAGGACUUCAUAGAGAUCCUUCCGAUUUUCUUCGACUCGCUGAAGUGGAAGACUCAAGCGUUUUGAACCAUAGAAGGGUUCUAUGGGUAGCAAUAACUACUACAGUUUGCAUUGAGUCGAGUUUAAAGGGAAGGCAUCCUUUAUCAGUGGGUAGUGCUAUGGACCAGUUUAUGGACAUCCGACAUCCUAACGCUCUGGAAGUUUACAUGGAAAGGGUCAAGAGAGACAUAAUAGAACCGGAUGAGGCCACCUUAAAGCUUCACGAAAUGUGUUUCAAGAGGUCAUUGUUAGCCGUGCAUUUUUAUGAUCUCGAUAAAUUAUCCUUGACAUAUGGAGGCACAUUUCGAUUGAACGAGAUGGAAGAUAUUCGGGAAAAGAUAGAAUCUUUUGUUUCUGAUAACUUUCAAUUAAUUGACUUACAAAAGAGGUUGAGUUCCAAUGCUAAAUUGAAGAUUGAUAAUUCCAUUAGUUUCAAUAUGUGUGGAGCUGAAAACUCGGUGGCUUUGCAUUCCUUGAUCAUGAGCAGAUUGAUGCUACUUCGAGCUUCCAUGGCUUUGUUCUUUCAUUUCGAGUCAGUCUUGCCCGAGAAGCCCCAAUUGCUACCAUUUUACCAAAAGUAUAUGAUAAGGGUAUGUCUCGAUUCGCUUACACUUAUCAGUCACAUCACCAAAUAUUUCAAUGACGAGUAUGCCGCUAACUUAUUACCAUCGAACAGCUAUAACAUAACAAAAGCGACUCAGAUUGCGCUCUCGUCCACCUUUUUCGGAGUGUUGGGUGUCAUAAUGAGGAUAGAGCUGGCAGGAAAUACAUUAUUCUCUCAAUAUCAAGAAGAUCUUACGAAGAACGAUGACGAGAACUUAGGGUCCGCCAAUAAAAAAAUGGAGUUACUAACUGUGCUCAAAAUGGAUCUGGAAGCUGCCCUGGAAAACAUAUAUCGAGUAUCUUCGAAAUAUCUGAGGUUCACAUAUUUCUCAGUCUUCAAAAUGCUUGCACUCUUUGACGUCGUAAUACAGAGAAUGAAGAAAGGCGAGCUCUGGAAUUUGUUGCUCAGGUUGCAGCACGUAGGUGAAAUGAACUGUCGUUCGGUGAAAGCACUAAGCAUGACACUAGCGCUGGACAUGACCGGUAAGGAAUCGGUCAUAAGUCAGUUGAGAAAGAAAAAUCAUCUGAUCAAUAUUUCGGUCGAAGACCUGGAAGCCCUAUGUCGAGAGGUCAAGUCUGUGCUACAAGGAGACGAAUGUAUGAAGCAGAAAGAUGACCCAUUAAACUCGACAUCCGAUUUUUCAAACGCUUCGCCCACAAAUAGUAAUUCCAUGAUGGGGAAUCUUGAGAAACUAUCUUCAGCUGCCGCUAUGAGCCAAAAUCUGGAAUUUCAGUCGAGCGUCAAAGGCGCCAGCGACUUUGCCACGAUGAACAAUCUUCAGCAGCCAUCUGGCAACUGUACUGAAGCCAAUGGGAAACUGGGGAUCGAUUUUGAUUUUGGGACAGGUGUUUCGAUGGAUUUUCCCAAUCUCUUUGGUGGACUAGAUCUUUUCGAUUACGAUUUUCUGUUUUCAAAUGAUGCGUGA